AUGCCGACGCUCGACGACGCGCGCGCGGGCGACGGACGCGCGCGCGCGGCGUGCGGGAUCCCGGUGGACCUCCCGUUUCGCGCGUCCGCGUCGACGACGGCGCGGGCGGAGACGGAUGAUGACGUGGAUUUCAUCGAUGACGUCCUGGACGGAUUGCGCGCGAACGUCCUUCGGCGACGGAUUCCGGCGACGACGCCGCGGGAGCGUCUGAACGCGUAUCUCACGGCGUACGCGCACGAUGUGUUGAAACGAUGCGCGAUGGAGACGUCGUGUGGGGUGAAAUCGGAGGCGAUGAAGCGAUCGAUGGAUGACGCGCGGGGACGGUUCGCGUGUCCGGGCGACGCCGAUUUCGGCGACUUUGCGUCCCUCUUGCGACCGCCGGAGAGCGACGAGGAGCGGGAAACGUUUCGGGUUUUUGUGAAAAAGUGUCGGGUGGAAUUGGCGAGGCGGUUGGUGGAGCGGUGUUACGACGCGAACACCGGGGAGCGGGAUAAGUUUUGGAUGGCGUUCGCGAAGAGACGCUUCAUGAAUCGAUAG